UGGAGCGGUCGAAACUUGGAAUAAGUUUGAGACUCAUCUGAAGCUGCAUAGUUACUGUAAUCUUAUCGUGUUGGAGGAGUUUUAACCAUCAGUUUUUGAGUUCGUGACAACGCUAAUCACCUUCAGUCACCAUCCGUCUGAAGGCUGGACACCAUGUCUUGGUGUUAUUGAAUUUUUGGGAUAGAAAGUGGAAAGUUUUUGAGAUCUUCUUCACCGCGGAAAAAGAAUUUCUCUCAUUUGUGGCAAAAUGAAUAAUUGGAUUUAUGGCGGGACCGGCACUUCUCGCCUUAGCAGCCGAAGCGCCCUCUCGCUAAAACGGCGGAAAGUUAGAAAAAUGGCUGACGACGAACAAAAAAAUCUUCAAAUAGAAUUUGAAUGGAUUCUACAUGAAGAAGUGCACGCAGUGCUGAAGCAACUCCACACAAUCCUUGUGGAGUGUGCACGACGUUUCCCGGUGCCUCUCUACGACAAUGAGGGCAAGAAACAGGAUAAAUUUGUGUUGACAGUGCCUCAGGAUCAGCUAAAGUGUGUCGUGACACUCACGGGGGAUGCCAUCACGCAUGCAGAUAUUAGCUUCAAAGUUCAGAGGCAUCAUCAGCAGGGUCAUCAAAAUCAACGGACUAGCAUUAAUCAGGAUUCACCGUGGAAACUUCAGCAGGUUCAGGAUGCUGCAAAUCACCUUCAGCAGGCUAUCAAUCACAUUGAUAAUGUUGAUGAGAAUUACACAUUCAAGACAUCUGAUGAAGUUCUUCAUGUUUUGGGGAACAUUCUUGGCGCUCUGCAGCGUGGAAGAACGAGUCUCGUAAUCCCAAAGAAGAAAUCAAUUGACGAAUUAAUGAAAAGUAGAAAUAUGAAAUCCCUUUCACCCAAUCUUCCGGAAGAUCUCGCAAUCAGCUUCUAUCUACAGAGCCACAAACUCAUAUUUGCUGUGUAUCAACUCACCAAUAUUCAGGGUACAAUGAAAUUCGAUUCGUAUCAGGGUGAGUGCUCCGUGCCGUGGCUCAACGAUGUCCUCGUGCUCUUUACUGUAUCCCUACAAUUGUGUCAACAGCUCAAAGAUAAGAUUUCUGUAUUUUCACAAUACAAAGAUUUCACAGUGGGGUCACGAUCGGUAUCAGCGUUGUCCUACUGAAUGAUGUUCUCAAUAAAUAGUCUACUUACAAUUCUCUUUCAAUAGCAGCGAAGCACACGAGAGGGGAGAAAUUUAUGCAAAUUAACAGGAUACUAAUUGACUGUGUCAAUUAUUGCCAAGAUUCUCGACAAACAGGCGCGAGGAGGGAAAAACUCUUCUCGAUUGAUUUAUGUGACAAGGAGGGUUCUUGCGGAUAUAAAAAAACAACCAAAAAGAAUUCAAUAAUGCAAAUUAUAUUGUGAGAUAAAAUAAGAAAUCUUUCUGACGUUCAAAUUUUGGGAGAAGUUUAGGCACACCCAGGGUUUUUUUUCGGUGCGUUGUUAAAAGAGGCAUUAAUAUUUUGAAAAAAAAAAAAAAUUGCCCAAUGCUUAAAGUCAUGUAGAUAGUCAUCUUAAUCGGUGGAUAUUAACUUAAACUCACAUGAUAAUUGUCUCAAGCGAGACAAGAGACGAAGAAGGUGAGAUUCAAGGUGAGACAAUAAAUCAUAACGAUAGAGUUUCCACAGAGACAUUUUACUGAUGAGAUAAAUAUUUAAACCGGAAAUAUUUUGAGUAUUAUUAUGAAUAUUUGGGGGGAAAAAUGUGUUUCAAUACCCGGAAUAACUCCACUUUCAUCUCUCAUCGACAAAUUAAUAAAAUAAUAAUAAACAAUGGUAGUUAUUGUUUUAAUGUUUAAAUUCAUUCAUAUCGAGUGCAAAUAUUUUUUUAUUAGGUAAACGCAAUUUUCACAAAUUGUGAAAAAGUGAAAUAUGUUAUAACAAAGUGUUUGAAAUAAUGAAAAUUAAAGUCUUCAUCUAUUAAUUUAUUCCUUUUUUUCAUUUUUUUUUAUAGGAGCACAAUAAUAAUAAAAAUAUAACCCGAAAUAAAUUAUUUCAACGUUAAAUACAUGCAUUAUUUAUUUCUUAAAAUGAUUUAUACAUUUUUUUAUUAUUUAAUAGUUUAAAAAAUUGGAAAAAGGAUUUAUUUAACAUCUAAAUUUGCACUUUUUCUGUUUCGUUUUAUUUUUAUUUUUUGUAGGAAUUACAAAUGAGCUGGUAAGUUAAGGUACGAAAGGUUAUUUUUUCAGUGUAUAAAAUAAUUGGAGAAUGAUUAAACUUUAAUGGGAAUUAAAUAAAAUAAAAUUAUAGAAAGGUCAUAUUUUUAGAUUAAUGGUUGGAAAGGUCAAAAUUUUAUCUCACAGAGGUUUUCUUAGACAGGUAUUUCAGUUUUAAGGGACUAGUUUUUCACAUUUUAGCCUAUUUUGCAUCAUGAUUAGUUGUUAAACUUAAAAAAAUAUAUCUUUGAUCUGAUUUAAUCAAAGCAUAAGAUGUUAAAAAUAAAUUUUAAUGAAUUAUAUUUAUUGGAAAGUUCAUAAGGGCUCCUAAUAACGUAUUAAAAUUUAGAAUUUUAACUUUUAUAAAAUACGUGAUACAGCAAUAAUAAAAUUUGAUGGAAAUUCA